AUGGGUCGUAUGCACAGUACUGGUAAAGGUAUCUCUUCCUCCGCUAAACCAUAUUCUAGACAAGCUCCAUCUUGGUUCAAGUCUACCCCAGAAGCUGUCAUUGAACAAGUUAUUAAGUACGCCAGAAAGGGUUUCACUCCAUCUCAAAUUGGUGUUAUCUUGAGAGAUGCUCACGGUGUCCCACAAUCCUCCGUCAUCACCGGUGCUACUUUGUUGAGAAUCUUGAAGGCUAACGGUUUGGCUCCAGAAAUCCCAGAAGACUUGUACUUCUUGAUCAAGAAGGCCGUUGCUGUCAGAAAGCACUUGGACGCUAACAGAAAGGACAAGGACUCUAAAUUCAGAUUGAUUUUGAUCGAAUCUAGAAUCCACAGAUUGGCUCGUUACUACAGAAGUGUUGCUGUUUUGCCACCAAACUGGAAGUACGAAUCUGCCACCGCUUCUGCUUUGGUUAACUAG